UAAAAAAGGAAUGGCCGUCGUUGAUGACUAUUGUACUAUCUUUAGGCACACGCGGAGCGUAAGGUUUUGGUCUAUUACAAUAUAUUAUUAAGCAAGAAAAUAAAACAAUUAUUAUAAAAUGUCGACGAUGGCAAGUCCUUUAGCUGUUGGUGGUGUGAGGCAGUCAGGUGCACCUGUAAGAACUCAAAAUGUUAUGGCUGCUUCUGCUAUUGCUAAUGUAGUUAAAAGUUCUUUAGGGCCUGUAGGAUUGGAUAAGAUGUUGGUUGAUGACAUUGGGGAUGUCACAGUUACAAAUGAUGGGGCAACUAUUUUACGUUUACUAGAAGUUGAACAUCCAGCAGCUAGAGUAUUGGUUGAGUUAGCUCAAUUACAAGAUGAAGAAGUUGGAGAUGGUACAACUUCUGUUGUAAUUGUUGCAGCUGAAUUAUUGAAAAAUGCAGAUGAGCUUGUGAAACAGAAAAUUCAUCCAACCUCUGUUAUCAGUGGUUAUAGACUUGCUUGCAAGGAAGCUUGUAAAUACAUACAAGAACAUUUAACUGUUAAUGUUGAUGAACUGGGAAGAGAUUGCUUGGUCAAUGUAGCAAAAACUUCUAUGUCUAGUAAAAUUAUAGGAGCAGAUGCUAAUUUCUUUGGUAAUAUGGUCGUUGAUGCUGCUAAUGCUAUCAAGAUCAGCGACGGUAAAGGUGGACAUCUGUAUCCUGUUAAAGCAGUUAAUGUUUUAAAGGCUCAUGGUAAAAGUGUUAGAGAAUCAAUUCUUGUACAUGGUUAUGCACUUAAUUGUACAGUGGCUUCGCAAGCAAUGCCUAAAAGGAUAGUAAAUGCAAAAAUUGCUUGCUUGGACUUUUCUUUACAAAAAGCUAAAAUGAAGUUAGGUGUUGAAGUACUUAUCACUGAUCCUGAAAAACUGGAAGCAGUACGUCAACGAGAAAUUGAUAUCACAAAAGAAAGGGUUCAGAAAAUUCUAAAUGCUGGCACCAAUGUUGUCCUUCUAUCUGGUGGAAUUGAUGAUCUUUGUCUAAAGUAUUUUGUAGAAGCUAAGGCAAUGACAGUGCGCAGAUGUAAGAAAGCUGAUCUAAAAAGAAUUGCCAAAGCUACAGGUGCACAAUUUUUAACUUCAUUAACUAACAUGGAAGGAGAGGAAACUUUUGAAACAAGUUUCCUUGGCGAAGCUGCUGAAGUAGUACAGGAAAUGAUCUGUGACGAUGAGCUCAUUCUUAUUAAAGGACCAAAAGCUCGAACAGCUAGUUCUAUCAUUUUACGAGGACCAAAUGAUUAUUAUUGUGAUGAAAUGGAACGUUCUGUACAUGAUGCUUUGUGUGUCGUGAAACGUGUUUUAGAAAGUAAAAAUGUUGUUGCUGGAGGAGGUUGCGUUGAAGCUGCCCUUUCAAUUUAUCUGGAAAACUUUGCUACUUCUUUAAGUUCUCGUGAACAAUUAGCAAUUGCUGAAUUUGCAAGAUCACUUUUAAUAAUACCUAAAACAUUGGCUGUAAAUGCUGCACAAGAUGCAACUGAUCUUGUUGCAAAACUAAGAGCUUAUCACAAUUCUAGCCAAACAAAAGCAGAUCUAGCAGAAUUAAAAUGGGUUGGUCUUGAUUUAUUAGAAGGAACUAUAAAGGAUAAUAAAAAGGUUGGUGUAUUAGAACCAGCUAUUUCGAAAAUAAAAUCUUUGAAAUUUGCUACUGAAGCAGCGAUUACUAUAUUACGAAUCGAUGACAUGAUUAAAUUGGAUCCUGAACGAUCCAAAGAUAAAUCAUAUCAUGAUGCAAUGGCUGCUGGUGAAUUGGAUGAAUAAAAUUGCUUUCAUUAUGAAGUUAUAGGACACAUUUUCACAGCAAAUCUUGUUCACAAAUUUUUCAUUAUACUAAUGCAUCUCAUGUGUUGAUUAAGAACUUAAAAUAUUAUAAUUUUUAAGUCAUUGUCAUAACAUAUAUAUUUACAAAUAAAUAACGUAUUAUGUUCGCAUUUCAUAAAAAUACUUAAUUCUUGUAUGAGUAUACUAAUUAAUAAUUAUAUUAAAGGAAAUAAAGCUUUUUCCUAACUA